AUGGAGCCGUCACAGGACGACCCCGCCGCAGCCAUACGAUUCCGGCCCUCCAAGAAGCGCAAAGCCUACCGCCAACGCGCCGACGACUCCCCGCCGCCAACGACCCCCAAAGACACCCGGCCGCCCGAACAAACAAGCCGAGAGCAGCAAGCAAGCGACGCGGAAUCCGCCGUCACAGCCGCAAUGCGCGCCCGCAGCUCCCGCAGAGCCCGCCUCCGCGGCGUGGGAUUCACCUCCGACGACCAACACGACGCGCCCGCUCCCACCGCACCGACAGACCGAGAAAGGGCCCCCGCGAAGGGAAUCCCAGACCGCUUCACCCACCAAACAGGUCUCGUUGCCACCCUAAACGACAGGCACAUGAACGAAUACAUAGAGUCCCGCCUGUCCGCCCACGCCGCCCCCGGGCCCUCACAGCCCGCGGCCCCGGAAGAAGCAUCGGCGAGACCGCCCGCCGGCGCGCACGCCCACCGCACACACGACCAGCCCACCAAGCACGGUAAGCUCCUCGAGGUGGACGUGCCGGCAGACGCGCGCCGCGACGCCCGGAAACGCCCACCGGACUCGGAACCUGCGCGGCCCAGGCGCGGGCGCAACCGCCGUGGGAGCGACGACAUGAAGCGGGAUCAGCUCGUCGAGGCGUUUUUGCACGAAAAUAAACUAUAUGGGAGGAAAAAACAAGGAGUGCUGACUUGCAAUUGA